AUGGAAGCCUGGACUGCUGAGACACAACAAGCCCUGCUCUUUCAUGCAGACAAAAAACUGACGACCUACUCAAUAUUAAAUGACGUUUUUGAUGAGCCAAAUGUUCCAUUCACAAAUCCACAUUGCACGGAUCACGGUACCGAUGUCUCGUUGCUCUUUGAUUCCACCACCAUUCACCAUUUGCGAUACUCUGCAUUCACACCUGAAGAUCUCGAAACGGGGAAAAAGUUCUCUCAAAAGCUUUCGCAUUUGAUCAAAGAAUUUGCAUAUCACAGAAGAAUCAUCGACUUUUCAACUUUCACAGAGAAAAAACGUGUCUAUCAGACGAUCACCUAUAAAAGUGUCAACGAAAGUGAUUACGAUUUAGAUGCAUACAAGUUUUGGCAAAUCACCCUGCCAAAACGAGCUGGAGCUACCGGUGCA